AGUUCCAGUUCCAGUGCCACAACCGAUGAUGGCUUAUCAAGUUCCACCGGGUCAGGUUCCGAAUCCGGUGAUGAGGCCGUACGCCACUAUGCCAAAUGGUUUUGCAGCUGUGCCAACUGCUACUCCUCAAGGGGCUUUUCCUCUACCUGCGUCUUGUCUCUUGAUUGAAUACGGUGAGAAAGGUUGGAAGGCUUCAUAUUGCUUAGAGAACUCCCAACUACAACUCCUUUUUUGGUAUGGUCAUUCAUAUUUGUCUGUUAUUCUUGUUUGCUUUCAGCAUGGUUUUCUUUUUUUGGAAAAAAAUGGGAUUCUGUUACUAAGCGAAGAGUCAAGUUGGUAUUUAUAAUACUAGUAUAGUAUUGAAGAGCCCUUCCUUUUGCCCUGCUACAUAAUAUACGGCUGUGUCAUUUCUAUUUACUAGGAUUUUACUGGUAGUUAUAUUGGAUACUGUCCCUGGAUAAUUGAAUUGCCAGAAGCAGACCAUGUUAGCACCUGAGUGUUCUUCAUUCGCCUUGUUUCUAAGGUAUCAAAUUCUCUUAAUUAAUUUUUUCCUGAUAUUUUCGUUGAUUCCUUUUACUACACCAUCAAAGAUCUAACAAUUGGAAACUUGAGAGUGAAUUUUGAGAACAUGAUUUUUUUUUUCAAUCGAUUAUCUGUGUGUAUGAGUUGCUCAAAGCGUUGUGCUUCUUAAAUCAUAAAAUUCUGCUUUUGAUGGACUGGAUUUUGAGAAGGCUGCAGUUCAAGAGUAAGGUAAGACUAAUUUACGUAACAGUUCAAGGAAUUUGGUGCUAUCAUUUGAAUGUUUUCAUCAGGUUAUCUAUGCAUUCAGCUGCUGAUAGUUUCCAUUCCUAUCCUGCCAUCGUUUAUAUGCUUUGGAUUUUGGAGUUCCACGUUUCCCUUCUCCAUAUCCUGCUAUGAUUAGAGGACCUUUUCCUCCACGGCCACCCGGUGCUAUGGGCAUGGUUCCAGCAAUGCCACGACCUCCUAUUCCUGGGAUUCCGGGUGUUCGCCCAAUCAUCCCUCCUGUGGUUAGGCCUGCUGUUCUCCCAAGUGUUACACCAGCUGAGAAACCACAAACUACUAUUUAUAUUGGUCGAAUUGCACAAUCAGUGGAUAACGAUUUCAUGCUGUCCCUUCUUCAGCUAUGUGGACCAGUGAAGAGCUGGAAACGGGCCCAAGAUCCUUCGGAUGGAACUCCUAGAACCUUUGGAUUCUGCGAGUUUGAGUCUGCUGAAGGUGUUCUUCGUGCGCUACGAUUACUGACAAAGUUAAACAUCGAUGGACAAGAACUAGGGCUAAAGGGUACUCAAGCAACAAGAGAUUAUCUGAAGCGUUAUGUUGAAAAGAAAGCAGAGAACUCGAAGAAACUGAAAGAAACACAAACUUUGGAGACUAAGGAAGAAGAAGCAGACACAGCAAAUGUGGCUAAAAAGGAAACUUCAAAGCCCUCUGCAGAGGAUUCAAAGGAAGAUCAUGAUUCAGGGGAAAAAGAUUUUGAUAUUGCCUGUUCUGCAGUCUUAAGUGAUGAAGAUAGAGAUGCGGAUCGUGAGGCGAAAGAAAAGAUUACAAAUGCACUGGAGGAGAGGUUGAAGUCUAGACCUCUGCCACCACCUCCUCUACUGACAACCACUGAUGUCUCUGAUAAUUCAAGUGUGGAACCAUCUGCUAAACUCAAAGAUGGUGAAGCUGAUGGUGAUACUUUGAAACCCGAUGCAGCCGAUGAUAGAAAUGAUGAGGACACUACCAGUGAUCAUAAACAAGCUAGUGAGCACGACAAGCCUGAAACAAGCUCACCUGACAGAAGUAGAAGGUAUGACAGGAGAAGUCGAGAAAGAGACAGGGAGAGGGAUCUGAAAAGGGAUAAGGAACGGGAAAUUGAGAGAUAUGAAAGAGAGACAGAGCGGGAGCGAGCUAGGAAAGAAAGGGAACAAAGAAGAAAGUUUGAGGAGGCCGAGCGACAGUACGAAGAAUGUCUCAAAGAGUGGGAAUAUCGAGAAAGGGAGAGAGAGAAGCAGAGGCAGUAUGAGAAGGAGAGGGAGAAAGAGAAAGAGCGUAAAAGAAAGAAAGAGAUAUUGUACGAUGAAGAUGACGAGGAUGAUGAUUCAAGAAGAAAAUGGCGCAGAGGUGCCCUGGAGGAAAAGAGGAAGAAGAGGUCUAGAGAAAAGGAGGAUGAUUCAUUCGAUAGAGAGAAAGAGGAGGAAGAAAUUGCAGAGGCCAAGAGGAAGGCUGAGGAGGAACAGCUGCAGAAACUGAGAGAUCCACCGAAACUUCUACCUGGACAGACAACGAGUAUCAAUGAGAAAACAGUUAUCGCUGAAGAAUCCACCAAUGAGAUUAAGGUUAUGGCUUCUGAACGUGAAUCUGAGCUUGACUCUAGCUGUGAUAACCAUAUAGGGGAUGGGAUCUCACAAAAUGGUAGUGGUGAUGAAUUAAAUACAAUACCAUCAGAGACUCGACAGAGUGGAGGGUUGCCUGGCAAAAGGUUAGGAUUUGGUUUAGUGGGAUCUGGAAAGCGGACUGCUGUUCCUUCAGUUUUUCAUGAGGAGGAGGAUGAUGAAGCACAUAAAGAGAAGAAGAUGAGGCCGCUGGUUCCAAUUGAUUACUCAGCUGAGGAGCUUCAGGCUGUGCAACCUGCCAGCACUGGGGCUUUGCCGCCAAAUUUAGCUGCAGCAGCUGAGUUUGCAAAACGUAUAUCUAAUGCUAAUUCCAAAGAAGAGAAGCCUGACAGUGAAAGGGAGCGAGGAAGGCGUCCUAGUGAAAAGUCAGGUCAUCGAGACCGAAAUGACGAGGAUACCUAUCGCAGCAAAGAUGAGAACAAGGCAACAGACAGAGAUAGGGAGCGAGACCAUGUUUUGGAUAAAGUAAAAACACCAGAUAACAAAAAGCUUUUGGAUGCAAAACAGUUGAUUGAUAUGAUUCCGAAGACGAAAGAGGAGUUGUUCUCAUAUGAUAUAAAUUGGGCUAUUUAUGAAAAGCAUGCACUACAUGAGAGAAUGAGACCGUGGAUAUCAAAAAAGAUAACAGAGUUUUUGGGGGAAGAGGAAACGACUCUUGUGGAUUACAUAGUUUCAAGUACUCAAGAACACGUAAAGGCAUCUCAGAUGCUGGAGCUGCUUCAGUCAAUUUUGGAUGAAGAAGCUGAAAUGUUUGUUCUGAAGAUGUGGAGAAUGCUCAUCUUCGAAAUAAAAAAGGUAGAGACUGGUCUAGCUUUCAGAACAAAAGCAUGAGUUUAGUUUUCGAAAUGUGGUGCUUUCCUUUAUGGCGGUAUUUUUCACGGAUCGCAUUGCUGUUUGGGGUAUUUACUCAAUUGUAUGCUUUAGAUUCAUUCUUUUUAGUAAUUACAGUCGAACUCUGUCUCCAUGAGAGCUUGCACUUGUAGCUUAAAAGAAAAAAAAAAAAAAAAAGGGAAGAAAUUCUAAUCAACAGUUUUUAGUUUAGUGCUGACUCUUUGAGAUACUCCAUUUUGAAAUUUUGAAGCGGAAGCAGCAACUUUAGUGUAUUGUAUAUUUGCUCUUAAAAGUUAGAAAGCAAGUCUUUUGUGCA